AUGGGGGAACUAUCGUUAGAGAAUCCAGGCGGUCAGCCUGAGAAGCAGAGCCAAAACACAGCCCCGACCGAGUCUACAGAGCCCCAAUUUUCAACGACAAAAACGUCCGCGGAGUUUAAGUCGCAGUCCACUAAAUCUGCCACUGUCGCCGAGUCAUCAACCGCCGCUGCCGCCGCCAUUUCCCAGGAAGACCCCAAACCUAGUGACAAUAUCAAACUCGACAUAUCCGCCCCCCAGCCUACCGAUAACGACUCCCUCUCAAUAGAACCAUCCGACCCGCCGCCCGCAGGGGGCAUCUCCUCCAGCAACACCAAGCCCGACCCCCCAGUCUGCAACAUCACCCUUCUCCUGCCCACAGGCGCGCGCCAUCCUUACCGUAUUGAUGAGAAAUACCUAGCCAAGCGCAACGUUUCCGUACCCGAGACGACCGAGACGGGGGCCAAGGAUCCGUUUAGCAUUAGUGUCUAUAAACUGAAGGAACUGAUUCUGAGGGAGUGGCGCGAGGAGUGGGAGGCUAAGCCGGCAAGUCCGAGUAGUAUACGGUUGAUUCACUUUGGGAAGUUGUUGGAUGAUAAGGAGCCUUUAAAGAAGUACCAGUUUAGCACAGACAGCCCCAAUGUGGUGCACAUGUCGGUGCGGCCAGCAGAGAUGAUGGAGGAGGAUGAAGGUAGCAAGACAAAGCGCAGCAGCAGCCGCGAGGGUAGACCGCGUGAGAGAGAGAGUGGAUGCUGUGUCAUCUUAUAG